GAACCUGGGUAUAAGAAGUGAUACUACUAUCAGCAAAAGUUUGUCCUAUCAGAAAAUGAUGAUGAUUUCCAUAAAAAGCUAACAAAACACUGUGUAGAAGGUAUUGCAUGGGUUCUGCAUUACUACUGUCAAGGGACCCCUUCAUGGCAAUGGUAUUACCCAUAUCAUUUUGCACCUUAGGCUUCAUGUCAGACUUCAAAGGUUUGGAUUACAUGCAAGUAGAAUUUACUCUCAGACAGCCAUUCAAACCAUAUGAGCAACUUAUGGGUGUUUUCCCCCCUGCUAGGUAUGUUCAUGUUGACUCACCAGUAUUGCCAGUCACAAGCAUAUACCCCAAAGAAUCUCCAAUUCAUGAUUUCUACCCAUCAAUCUUCCAGAUCGACAUGAAUGGCCUGGGGAAGAAGAUGUUGUGGCAAGGUAUUGCUCUCUUUAGUACCUUUCAUAGACAAGAAAAGGCUAUUGGAUGCGAUG